GAAACAAACAAGGUGCGCCUCCGUCCUGUCAAGUCGAGGAAAACAAUUCUUUGAAACAUUUAUUAGAGGUUGAGUUUGGAAAAUAUGCGGUGAUUCAACUUUUGGGUGCUGUUUUUGGGUAACACAGUCGCUCCAUUCGUUUUUGGGUAACACGGUCGCUCCUCAGGGCAAGAAUCGCCUUUCCCCACUGUGUCAGUGUUCAUACUGAGAGAGAGAAAGCAAGAGGAUGGCGGGGAAGCUCAUCAGCGAGAUGGGUCUUCCGACUUCUAUAGCGAACAUCUUUGCAGCUCGGAAUAUACUGACCGCCAAGGAUGCAUUAUUGCUAAACGAGUUUGAGUUGAUGGAGCUAUUAGAUGUGGAUUUGGAUGCUGUAAAAUCUUCAAUAGCUCAAAUCAGUGCAUCUGUCUGCCCCCCAUAUCAAACUGCACUCCAGCUUAUGCAAGAAAGAGUUGAUAAGGAAUACCUUGGUGGCCAUUUUCCUACAACCCUAAAAGGCUUAGAUAAAGCACUAUUUGGAGGCAUACCAUUUGGUGCUUUGACCGAGUUGGUUGGUCCUGCAGGAAUUGGUAAAACACAGUUCUGCUUAAAGCUUUCUCUUCUGGCUGCAUUACCAACAAGUUGUGGAGGUCUGAAUGGCCAUGUAAUUUACGUCGACACAGAGUCUAAAUUUAGUUCAAGAAGGCUGAUUGAGAUAGGAGAAAGCUGCUACCCACAAAUAUUUCAUGUGAAAGGAAUGGCAAAGGAGCUUGCAGGUCGGAUUGUGGUUCUGCAACCAGCAACACUUUCUGAAUUCGCCGAGAGGUUGCAGCAAAUUAAGCUCUCUCUAUUGCAGAACCAAGUGAGAUUAGUUAUUGUUGACAGUAUUGCUGCUCUUGUUUCCAGUGACCAUGAAAGACAUGUAAAAGCACCUAGACGAGAUGCACUUGGAUGGCACGUUUCAUUUCUCAAAUCACUUGCAGAAUUAUCACGAGUUCCAAUUGUGGUAACCAACCAAGUGAGGGCGCUGAGCACUAAUCAUGCCUUGAGUUAUUCUUUCCAAGCAGACAGAAAGAGUGAGCUAGCGAGAAACAGAGACAUAUCUGAGUCUCAUUUAAUUCCAGCAUUGGGCAUGCACUGGGCUCAUGCUGUCAAUGUUCGUCUUGUUCUUGAAGCCCAUUCAGGUCAGAGAUUCAUAAAGCUGGCAAAGUCUCCAAUAUCUCCUCCAUUGUCUUUUCCGUUCAUCAUAACUUCUGCAGGAAUUUCUUUACUGAAUGAUGAUGGCAUGGAAGUAUCAGGCACCGAGAUAAACUCAAUCCUCAAUGAAGGUGGUGUCAUUGUCAGUGCAGGAGAAGAAUGAAAAUUUGCUGUUUUCACAAAAGAAAACCAACAGCCAGAUCGUCAAGCUGGUCUCCGUAUCUGCCAGGAUUUUACCAAGUGGGUCUGCCUAUAAUGUUAAUAUGAUACCAUGUUCUGAAAAUUUGUCAUCAUUACCUUUCCUGUAAUGCUUGGCAUGGAGCUGAACACAAGGCCGGAAGUUCGUUAGUUUGGACCUGAUAGGACAAAUCCAGUAAGGUUCAGUCAGAUUUGGUAACAAACAGCACCUGAUUGACUCAGAUUCAGUUUAGAGGUUAAUGUUCAAUCCUUUGUAGGACCCAGGUCUGAUUGCCUGAAAUGCACAUAUGGUUGGCUAUUUGGUCUAUUCUGAUUAGGUUUUCAUACUAUAAUUUUCCACACGACCCACAACCAGAUAGGCCGUUUACCUGCUUAUGUAGGACUCGUUAAUGUGAAUUCAGCCCGUUGCCUACAUCUGAAGUGAAUUCAGCCGGCUGACGUAACUUGAGGCAGCACCUUAUGAGCACUGGUCAUAGGUAAAUGUUUAGCUAUUGUUGACCAACUUGGCAACUUCCCUAUUGAUAGUGCUGUAUGUGUUCAUUCCCAUGCCUGUGUAAUUUCGGUUUACUUCUGCAAUGAAAUCCUGAUUCCUGGCUUUGGUAUCAUCAGCACUCAACAUCAUGUAUCAAGCUGAACUCACAAUUUAUGAUUCAUUGUUAGGACAAAAUAGUUUGUGUUAAUUUCCUAAUUGUAGUCUGAUAUUCAGCUUCAACGGAGAGUCUGGAAUGUACCAAAGUUUAUGCAGGCUCAGAAAACAAUUUCUAUUAAAUUUUCUUAUUGAUUUCCAGACCA